AGCAACUAUUCUGAUCCAACAUCCUCUUACCGUCCAUCAACCAUGGCUAUGCGCUCCUCAAGCGGCUUGACAGCCUCUCUGGCUCGCCUCGCGCUCACUCCUGCAGUCUCUAGCUCAUCAGCAGCAGCCAUAGCAUCAACUUCCACCCUCUCUCGCCGGGUCGCCCCCAACUCUCGCCCCUCAGCUCGCAGCUACGCAACGACCCUCCAACCACCUUCCCAAUACUCCAUCGGACACCUAUCCCCCGCUCAGCCAGCAAAGAAGGCCAAGCGCCUCGGUCGAGGAGACUCUUCUGGUCGAGGUGGAACAUCAACGCGUGGUCAUAAGGGACAGAAGGCGAGGACGGGUAAUGGGAAGCCUACGCCUGGAUUUGAGGGAGGUCAGACGCCGAUCAUGAGAAGAUUUCCUAAGAGGGGGUUUGUCAACUCCUUUGCCCACGAAACGGUCCCGCUGAACCUCUCGCGCCUUCAAACGUGGAUCGACUCCGGCCGCCUUGACCCUUCUGCUCCCAUCACCGUUCGUGAGCUCUAUCUCUCACGCUGCAUCCACCGUCUUGGAGACGGAGGUGUCAAGCUUCUGGGCGAUGGAGCUGAAGUCCUCUCUCAACCGCUCAAACUCGUGGUGUCACGAGCGAGCACGACGGCCAUCAAGGCGGUGGAGAAGGCCGGUGGGUCGAUCACUUGCAAGUACUACACGCCGCUGACGUUGAGGGCGUUGGUAAAGCCGGAGAAGUGGACCGGUAGGGGGAGACUGCUACCUAGAGAGUCGAUGCCGAUCAACAGGAGGGAUCUGCUCUACUAUUCGGACAUUCGCAACCGUGGCUAUCUGGCCAAGAUGCACGUCCUCGGGAAUGGCGAGGGCUUGACCUCGCCGUCUAGCUCAGCACCACCCUCCGCGGACGCUGUUGCUGAAGCGAACGACAUCGUGGCCGAGGAAGAGGCGAGGGUCGCACAGCAGGCACAGGCGGGAGAGAUCAAGAGAGAGGAUGCCGCUGCGGCCGUGUAGACAAUGGCCAAUGGCAAGUGACGAUCACCGC